AGGGAGCGAACGAGAGAGCGUAGGGCAGGGUGCCUCGACACCGGCCUGCGAAUAAAGGGCAAGAGAAAUGGGCCGAUCCGUACUUACGUGAUAGGAGGUGCAUGAGCGCGCGCGCGCUCGCGCUCGCACUCGCUCGCGUGUAUAUGCGUGCGUGCGUGCGUGUGUCGUCGUGGUCGUGUGGUCCGUCGUUGCGCGAGUGUGCGUACGCGAGCAAGGGUCGAGAAGGGGUGAGAAAAUAGUUUGGUUAGAUUUCUAAAAGUGAUUGAGAGUCGAUCUCGCGGGGGUGGUGUUGGUGUCGGCAAAGGCAAAGGCAAAGGCAAAGGCAAAGGCGAAGGUGGUGGUGGUGGUGGUGGUGGUUGUGGUUGUGCGGUGGUGGUGGUGGUGGUGGUGGUGAUGGUGGUGGUGGUCGCGAUCGCGAUCGCGUCCGUUUCUCGGCUCUGAACCGACCGAAAAGCCGCGCGCGCGCAACCACCGUCACGCAAGAUGACAGCAAAGUAUGUUUUUAUCACGUUGACGAACGCGGCUCUCCUCUGCCUGGCGUCGACGAUACUCUCGGAAUCGGCCGGCACCUCGUGCAAGUGGUUGUCGGAAGGUGGCAACGACACGCGAUCGGCGGACUGCACGGUCCGCGUGUUGGAUCCCGGCGCGAUCACCGGUCUGGCCACGUCGGCUCUCGACGGCGCUCUCAAGCUGCGGAUACGUUGCAGCGACGUCCAUCACUUUGAGAGCAGCUUCAACGCUCAGAGCUGGCAGCGGUUGACCAGCCUGCACGAGCUGCACGUGCACGGCUGCAAGGUGCUGCGGAUACCGGGGGGCGCGUUUCAACCGUUGCUGGAGCUGAAGAAGCUCACGGUGCAAACGUUCAACGCCGCUUGGGGUGCCAGCCGUUUCCUCGAGCUGGCUCCGGACUCUUUUCACGGUCUGCGCGAGCUGCACACGCUGGAGAUUGUCGAGAGCAACGUGCAAGCGUUGCCCGCUAAUCUCCUGUGCUCGCUGGACAAUCUGCAGACGUUGAACCUCACAGAGAAUCGUUUGCGCGACGUCAACGACAUUGGAUUGAAUCGACGCGACAACGAUUCGUCCGACGACGACGACGACGACGGCGACGACGGCGGUGGCGACGGCGACGACGACAACGACGAUGAUGAAGAAGACGACGAAGAAGACGUCGUCGUGAUUGACAAAGACGACAACGACCAAAUGAUCGAGAGGAUCGAGAGGAUCGAGAGGAUCGAUGAAACGGAGAGAGUGGCGGCGGCCACGACGACAACGACGACGACGACGACGACGACGACGACGACGACAAAGGGAGAAAAGAGAAAAAGGCGGAAACGCGUGCAGAGAGAGGAGGAGGGAGGAGCGUGUCGCGCCGACAUUCGAAUUCUAGAUCUGUCGCGCAACGAGAUCGCGCGUUUGCAGGAGAACAGCCCGUUGCUGGGACUUCGUCAACUGCAGGAGCUGCACCUGCAGCGAAACUCGAUCGUGGAAAUAGCGGGCGACGCGCUGCAAGGGCUGACCGCGCUGCGUACGUUCAACGCGAGCUACAACUCGUUGGACUCGUUGCCGGAGGGGCUGUUCGCCAGUACGAGGGAGCUGCGCGAGAUACACCUGGCGUACAACGGGCUCCGCGACCUGCCCAAUGGUAUAUUCACCCGGCUGGAGCAGCUGCUGGUGUUGAAUCUGGCGGGGAAUCGACUGGGCAGCGACCGGGUCGACGAGACGACGUUCCUCGGCCUGAUACGGCUGAUCGUGCUCGAUCUGUCGUACAACGCGUUGACGCGGAUCGACGCGCGCAUGUUCAAGGACCUGUUCUUCCUGCAGAUCCUCGACCUGCGGAACAACACGAUCGAGCGGAUCGAGAGCAACGCGUUCCUGCCGCUGUACAACCUGCACACGCUCGAGCUGUCGGAGAAUCGGCUACGCACGGUGGGCGCGCAACUGUUCAACGGGCUGUUCGUGCUGAAUCGGCUGACGCUGUCGGGGAACGCGAUCGCGAGCGUCGACCCGCUCGCGUUUCGCAACUGUUCCGACCUGAAGGAGCUGGAUCUGAGCGGUAACGAGCUGACGACGGUGCCGGACGCGUUGCGCGACCUCGCCCUCCUCAAGACGUUGGACCUCGGGGAGAAUCGGAUCGGCAACUUUUACAACGGCUCGUUCCGCAACCUCGACCAACUGACCGGGCUCCGGCUGAUCGGCAACGACAUCGGCAAUCUGUCGCGCGGCAUGCUCUGGGACCUGCCGAACCUGCAGAUACUGAAUCUCGCGCGUAACAAGGUGCAGCACGUGGAGCGGUACGCGUUCGAGAGGAACUCGCGGCUGGAGGCGAUCAGGCUCGACGGCAACUUCCUCUCGGACAUCAACGGCGUGUUCACCAGCAUCGCCAGCCUGCUGCUGCUGAAUCUGUCGGAGAAUCACAUCGAGUGGUUCGACUACGCGUUCAUACCGGGCAACCUCAAGUGGCUGGACAUACACGGCAACUUUAUCGAGAGCCUGGGCAACUACUACAAGAUACGGGACUCGAAGGUGAAGACGCUGGACGCCAGUCACAACCGUAUCACGGAGUUGUCGCCGCUCUCGGUGCCGGACAGCGUCGAGCUCCUAUUCAUCAACAACAACUACAUCGGGCUGGUGCGGCCCAACACGUUCCGCGACAAGGUGAACCUGACCCGGGUGGACAUGUACGCGAACAUGAUCGAGACGAUGGAGCUGACGUCGUUGCUGCUGACCAAGGUGCCGGACGAACGUGCCCUCCCCGAGUUCUACAUCGGCGGCAAUCCGUUCGACUGCAACUGCUCGAUGGACUGGCUGCCGGCGAUCAACAAUCAGACGUCGACCAGGGAGUACCCGCGGAUCAUGGACCUGGACAACGUCAUGUGCCGGACGUCGGGGCCGCGCGGCGUGGCGAUCGUCUCCGCCUCGGCGGCGAGGUCCGAGCAGUUCCUCUGCCGAUACGAGGCCCACUGUUUCGCCCUCUGCCACUGCUGCGACUUUGACGCGUGCGACUGCGAGAUGACCUGCCCGGCCGGCUGCAAGUGCUACAACGACCGCACCUGGAACACCAACGCGGUCGACUGUUCCGGUUUGGCCGCGGAGGAGAUACCGCGGCGGAUACCGAUGGACGCGACCGAGGUCUACCUCGACGGGAACGUGUUGCGCGAGCUGCAGAAUCACGUGUUCAUCGGACGGAAGAACAUGCGGGUGUUGUACGUGAACGCGAGUGGGAUCGAGUCGAUCCAGAACAGGACGUUCAACGGCCUGAACAAUCUGCAGAUACUCCACUUGGAGGACAAUCGGAUACGCGAGCUCAAGGGAUUCGAGUUCGAGCGGUUGUCCCACCUGCGCGAGCUCUACCUGCACAACAACCUCAUCGGUUUCAUCGGCAACCUGACGUUCCUGCCGUUGCGCUCGCUCGAGAUACUGCGGCUGAGCGGCAACCGAUUGGUCACGUUCCCGGUGUGGCAGGUGACGCUGAACGCUCGGCUGGUCGAGCUGUCGCUCGGCAGCAACCCGUGGUCCUGUCGUUGCAAGUUUUUGCAAGAGUUGUCCUCCUGGGUCUCGGACAACGCGCACAAGGUGGUGGACGCGGGCGACGUCUGGUGUUACUACGGCGGCGACGCCAGGCCGGCGUACCGACGUCGUCUGAACGUCAACGAGACCGUCUGUUCCGACUACUUUUCGCAGGGCGGCGUCAUCGAGAGCAUCAUGAUCUCGGACUAUCUGCCACUGGUGGCGGCCACGCUCUCCGCGGUGCUCGUUCUCCUGGUGAUCGUCGUGCUGGCGUUUGUGUUUCGCGAGCCGGUGGGCGCGUGGGCCUACUCCAAGUACGGGUUGCGAUUUUUGCGAGCGAAACCGAGCACAACAGCCGCCGCCGCUGCCGCCGCCGCCGCCGCGGCGAUGACCGCCUGCUGCGGUCCCCCGGAUUCCGAUCGUCAACGUCUCUACGACUGUUACGUCUGCUACAGUCCGAACGACCAAGACUUUGUGCUGCGCUCGUUGGCGAUGGAGCUGGAGCACGGCGGCGGCGGCGGCGGCGGCGGCGGCGGCGGCGGCGGACUUCGACUGUGUCUGCAUCAUCGCGACCUACCCUGCCUGCUGCGCGCGUCCGCCCCGACCUCCGUCGUGCUGGAAGCGGUGGACGCUUCGCGGCGCGUCCUCCUCGUACUCACGCGCAACUUCCUCGCGACCGAGUGGUCUCGUUUCGAGUUUCGCGCGGCCCUCCACGAGGCGCUCCGCGGCCGGGCCGGUCAGCUGAUCGUCGUCCAGGCGGGACACGCGUGCCCGGAACUCGACCCCGAGCUACGGCCGUACCUUCGUACCGCCGCGGCGAUCCUCACCUGGGGCGAGAAGAGGUUCUGGGAUCGUCUCCGGUACGCGAUACCCUCGCCGAUCAACACCAUCGUGCCCGACAUAUCCGUCGAGAGUAAAUCGUCGCCGCUCGUCUACAAGCGUAACGCGAACGCGUACACGUUGGACGGCGGCGGCUGCGGCGGCGAGAAGACGAUGAACCUGGCGUCGACUGUCGUACGCGGCCAGGAACGUUCUCAACGUUCCCUCUUCAAAGACUCGUCGUCUCCGUCGUCGUCGUCGUCGUCGCCGACCACGGCGCUCAUGCUGCAACACGCGCCGCCGCCUGCCUACUCUUGCGGCACCGUUCUUCCCGCCAUUGCGUCGAUGCAGCAGCAACAACAACAACUGCAACCUUCGUCGCCGCAGCCGAGGCUAACCGUGAAUCACGCGUAUCGAGAGGCGGUGGUCACUACCCUGCCGGGCAGCAAUCUCAUCGCCACCGCCACCGCCACCGUCAACAACAACAACAACAACAACAACACCAACACCAACACCAUCACCACCGUCAGCAGCGGUAGCAGCGACGAUCACAGGAGGCCGCUCUCCGAGCACAUAUACUCGUCCAUCGACUCGGACUACUCGACGUUGGAGAGAACCGCCUGGAGACAACAGCAACCGCCGCCUCCGCCGCCGCCGCCUCCAUCCACCGGCCAGGCCUAUCUCGUCUAGCUUUGCGCGCGCUCGCCCAUUCCCUUCUGCUUGUGAUAUACGUAUACAUACAUACACGUCUAUCUUGGAUAAACGCGAACGCGAAAAAGCUUCUCUCUAGCUUGUUUUCAAUUCCGUUUUUCGCUGCCGCAAAAGAGACGGCCGGUGUGUGCGUAUAUGUGUGUGUGUGUGUGUGUGUGUGUGUGUGUGUGUUUAUGCGUGUGUGCUUGCGUGCGUGUAUAGGCACGUGCGCGUCGAUUCCAGCCUCCGAGGAGCGCUUGGACGUUCCAACUUUGGACAGUCGAUAAACGAAAUAUAUAUUUUCUCGAUUCUUGACUCGCGUAUCGAGUGUCCAAAGUUACCAAGCCGUUGGUCGGGCAAACGGACGAACGAUUCGCGUUGUCAGUACCUCGAGAGAUGGUCGCCAUUGUCGUCGUCGUCGUCGUCGUCGUCGUCGUCGUCGUCGAGAUACUGUCGCCUUUUCACCGGCUGUGCUGUGUAAACGAGGGAGAUGUUGUUAGUAGCGUUACUCUGCGCGAAUUAUUAGCUCAACUACGAUAUACGUAUGUACGUACCUACUAUCUACCUGUCUAUCUAUCUAUCCAUCUAUCUAUUUAUCUACUUACCUACAUACCUAGUGCGAUAUAUUCCAGGUGACUACUUUCGAAAUGUUUGUUCGCGACGGUACCUUGUUCUUUUCUCGCGUUUUCUUGAACGCGUUCACGCUCUUGCUUUGUUUCGUCGGUGAAAGCACCGAUUGUUCACUUUUUCACCCCCCCCUCCCCUUUUCCUUUUUUCCUUUUUUCUCUAUUUCCUUCCCCUCGAUUUAUCUCCCUUGGUCUGUCUCUCUUUUCUUCCCUCCCACAACUCUCUCUCUCUCUCUCUCUCUCUCUCUCUCUCUUUCUCUGCCGUUGUCUCUAGUCCCCACGAUAGUUUCCACGAUAUAUACGGAGGUUCUUCUCUCCUUUGGCCAACAGAUUGCGCGCGCGCGUAGCACAAAGUGUGACGGGAAUUUUGUGAAUGGCGUCUGGCGAGAAUCUGGUUCGUAGGGGACUCGUUCUCUUCUCUCUCUGCUCCCUCCCCCGCUCGGCUCGACGACUUUCCACCGUAAGAGCGUAACGCGCGUGCCAUCUCUUUUGCGUCGGGGUCGCGUGGUCGAUAAUUUGUUAAUUGCGAUUUAGAUCCAAGCUCGUGCGUGUACAUAUCUAUUAUUAUAUACGGAAGGAAGAGAAAGAAAACGCAAUAUGUAAAUAAGGUUGCAAACUGUUGCGAGCUUGUAUCGACGUACGUACCUCUAUAUAUACAUUGUACAUACACAGCGACAAACGAACAUACACACGCACACACACACGGACACCUACACCCACACACACACAAAACUCGCGACUAUACACACGGUAGUGCCCACUUUAGCAUCCGUCGCUAUCAUCCCUCUCUAGCAAUUCUUAGAAUCGAAACUAUCUCACUGUUUGCUACCUUGCCACCUGUCACAGACACAAGUUCAUAUACCUCGUCUGUGGCAGCGUGAAAACGUGACACUGGCACGAAGCGAGCAAUACUACCCGAUACCGAUAUUUCGGCACAAUUUGGAGAAUACACCUCCCUAUCUAAGGGUCUGCUCACGGACGCUCAAGUGAGCACUACUGUACUCGUAAUACAUGUAAGAGAAAGAACGAUACGUUGCGUUGCGUUGCGUUGCGUUGCGUUGCGUUGCGGACGCGUUUACACACACCGUUCUGUCGCCGCGUAGAAAGAGAGAGAGUGUUUUAGCUUCGAUUUUGAAUUUUCUCGAUUAGAUAGACGAUGACUUUUUGUAAUUUUAUAUGUCCGUUCCGACGAUACGAUUGUACGAUAUGUAAAUAUGUAUAUCGAGAAAAGGUCUCGCCUCGUGUAAAAUAGAUACGUGUGUUCGUCGGCGUAAGGGUGAGGAAGGGAGGAAGGAAGGAAAGAAGGAAGGAAGGAAGGAAGGAAGAAAGGGAAGGAAGGAGGAAUCGAGACAAAAAACGAAAGAAAGGCGUAAUUACGAGUGAGAAAACAAAUACGACAAAAGCCUUGCGAUCCAGCUUUGCGAUACUGUGAACCACGACGCAGGUUGCACGCGUGUCGUAAACUUAACUGUAUACUUGAUUUAUUUAAAUCAUGUGAAUAAAUUUAUAAAAUACGUUA